AUGAUCAUUCGAAUCAUAGGUGACAACUGGGUUCCGGAGGACAAGGUCCUGAUUAGCGUACGGGAAGAUGAUGCUGUGAGCUCAUCUCUCCCAAACAUCAUGAAGAAGCUUUCGAUAAAGCGGAUGGGGGACUUCAAGGUGUACCAUGCAGUUAGAGAACGAAAAUGUGAUUAUGACCGACCCAUUGAUUAUAAAUGCACCUGGAGACAACUUGGUAUUUCUGGUGGCAGCGCUAUCUAUUUAAGCAAGAAGGAGCCCCCAUCGCUGGAGGAAGCACCAACGGCAGCUGACAAUGAACAAAACAAGAAGCAAAAUGAGGGUGCUUCAGUAGACGUUCCUCUGGAGCAUAAAGCUGCUGAUCCUGGCGAUGUUCCAUCAAGCUUUGACAGUGCCCAAGUAGAACGUGGCGCUUAUGUAGAUUUGAUAUCUCAACCCCCACACGGUUCUUCGCCUACUUGUAAAACAACAGUAGAACCGCUAUUGACUCAACCACCGCAGCAACCUGAACUAAAAAUUUCCGUUCCACCAGUGCAGCCGUACGAUGGUGAAGUAAAAACAGAUCUUAUUGUAUCGAACACCUCUCACGCUGGCUUUGGUCAAAAACAACACGAAAACCUACUUCCCGUCGAUAAAAUUAACUCUUUACGGGUUAAUAGACCUGAAUUUGAGGUUAAAGAUGGUGGUGGUAUUCCUUUCACACCAGAUAUUAACCAUCGUACCACUUAUGAUUUUCAAAUCCCGGCUUCACGCGUUCAAGAAGAGAGUCGUGCAAAUAUAGUAGAAAGUAAUGUCACACUCCGUCGGUGUGAACGUGCAGCCUACGUGAUUUCACUGUAUGAGUUUGCGCAUCUGGAGUCACAGAGGCAACUCCGACGAGCAGAGGAAUUACGCCGUGAAGCUCAGCGAGGCGUGCCUCGCUCACAGUUGACGAUAUCUGAACCAUUGUACAGAAUAUGA